AAAAAAAUGCGUAUUGCGUAAAAACUGUCCACGGCCGGGAAAGCCCGUCGUUGAAUGCUGUAGCUAUCACUACGAUGUCCUGCAUGUGUCUGUCUUUACAAGCAAUCGAAUUAUCAACCUUCUCAUGUAGCAAGCUGCUUACCUGAAACCUCAUUUUUGGAUAGAGUGAUAGUAGAAGUCUCAUUUCAGUAUGAAUGAGCCAGAGGGACUGCGGUUCAGGAGGCUGAACAGACCACAGAUUAUCACGGACGAAUUACAGGAACCCCAAUACAAGGGCACCAGUACCUACAGUGGAAAGGUAUUCCGUGUGACCCUGGUGACCCUGGGAGGAUGCCUGAUCCUUCCAUUGCUUGUAGUCUUUUUUCUGCUCGAGUCUCCUAUUCACCCUGAGCUGCUCAGCCUCAAUGAGCCUCCCCUUAUGUCUGGGUGUUACGAGCCCAACUUUAAGCUGAGGGAAGCACAGCGGCUGUUUGAGGACCAGCUUGUUGGCCCAGAGUCCAUUGCCAACUUCGGAGAUGUCAUUUACACAGGUACGGCUGACGGGAAGAUAGUGAAGAUUGAAGGCAAGAGCAUCACUGUUAUAGCCAGACUUGGCAAGCCACCGUGUGAUGGAUCCCGUGAGCAGGAGCCUAGCUGUGGACGACCCCUGGGUAUCAGAGUGGGUCCUAACGGUACCCUUUUUGUAGCUGACGCCUAUCUGGGGCUGUUCGAGGUUAACCCUGUCACAGGUGAGGUGACCAACCUGGUGUCGGCUGGGCAGAUGGUUGGGGGCCGGAGGCUCUCCUUCGUCAAUGACCUGGAUGUAACACAGGAUGGGAGAAAAGUGUACUUCACAGAUUCUAGCAGCAGGUGGCAGCGCAGAGACUACCUUCAUCUCAUCAUGGAGGCCACAGCAGAUGGACGUGUGUUAGAGUACGACACAGAGACCAAGGAGGUAACCGUGUUGAUGGAGAACCUUCGUUUUGCCAACGGGAUCCAGCUUUUCCCUGAUGAGGAGUCUGUGCUGGUGACUGAGACUACCAUGGCUAGGAUUCGCAGGGUCCAUGUGUCAGGUCUAAAUAAAGGAGGAAUGGACACAUUUGUUGACAACCUGCCUGGUUUCCCUGACAAUAUCCGUCGCAGCUCUUCUGGAGGGUACUGGGUGGCCAUGUCAGCGGUGCGGCCCAACCCUGGCUUCUCCAUGCUGGACUUCCUGUCCCAGAAGCCCUGGAUCAAGAAGCUCAUCUUUAAGCUCUUCAGCCAAGACAUGCUGAUGAAGUUUGUGCCUCGCUACAGCCUGGUGAUAGAGCUGCAGGAGAGCGGGACGUGCGUGCGUAGCUUCCAUGACCCCCACGGCAUGGUGGCGGCCUACGUCAGUGAGGCACACGAGCACGACGGCCACCUCUACUUAGGCUCUUUCCGCUCCCCUUACCUCUGCAAGCUGGAUCUCAGCAAGGUGUGAGCUGAGAGCUGAGCACAACCACUUUCUCAGACACGACCCAUAUAUGAGACUGCUGUCUGCCUACCUAACACCUCACUACCUAGUCUGUUUUCCAAUAACAGCAAAAACAUCAGAAUUGAAAAGAAUGGCUUCAUGCUUGAUAUGCUGCAUUUGCAUUGCUUUUCACCAGCUUCAGGAAAAAAUGGACUAGUCUUCAUUAAGUAUCUGCACUAUUAAGGCGCAUUUGACUGGGAUGCAUAUCCAUCGUUUCUAGUCUUAUCAGCCUACAAUUAACUAUUAACCCUUUAAUUUCUGUUGACAGUGCAUCUCAGUAGUUUCUCAAGGAAUGUUUUUUAUUUAACCAAACAGUCUUUGGGCCAAAUAGUUUGCCCAAAAAUCCCCAUGUAAGUACAUUGUCUUUCAGGUCUGUGUUUUAGGUUGUUGAAAUGUGCCAAAUUUGUUCUUAUUUUUGUUUUGUUUGUUUAAACCAUUCAGUAUCUCAACUUUUAAUUUCAUUUUUGCAAUAAAGCUCUCAUCUCACCCUUAAAUAUAACUGACAAUGUUAUUAUUGUACUUGGAGAAUUUCAAAGAGUUAAUUUUAUCAGUUGAAAUACACACCGAGUAUUAUUUUAAGAGUGCCACUUUGAACUGAUUUAUUUUGUGUGUAUUUAGAAAUCCAAGAUCUUGUUCAUCAUAAUAAAGGUGAUGCAAAAAGAUUCCAAAAUAAGUAUGAAUCAUUUCCCCUUGUUGUGAUACAUUUCAUCUGCUUUUGUAUAUUGCACUGUCAACUACCUUACGUAAUGUAAAUGUUUUGCUCGAUGUUGAAUGCUGCUGGCCUUCAGCUGAGUUUCCUUUGAAUUAAAACAGUAA